GCGACGUCACCAACAAGAUCAAGUGCAAGACAUGCUCACGGCCACGCCCUCAGGCCUACGGAAUACGCCAUUCACAAAGCUCGUGCUAGGGGGCAUCCUCGUCAAUUCCACCGUCGCUUCCAUAUUAGACGUCAAACACCUCUUCCACAUCCAACUCGUCCCUCAUAUCUUGGGCCAAUCACAGUUCUGGCGAAUCGCAGUCUGGCAAGGCUUGUAUGCGAAUGCCGGUGAAGUCCUGUUUGGUGCUAUUGCACUCUACAACCUGCGUAUUCUAGAACGGCUCAUGGGAACGCGUCGCUUCGCGAGCUGCUUCACCCUCUGCUUCAGCUUGACAUCCAUUCUCGCACCCCUGGCACUGUUCCUUUGUCGAGCAACCUUCUCAUCACGCUUCAACAUCCUCUCAUCAGGCAUGACGGCGACACUAUUCGCCUUGCUGUUUCAAUACCAUACCCUCGUUCCACCAAGCUAUACGAUACAUCCUACCGGCGCUCGACAAAGUCAAUGGCAACUCAGUGAUAAAGUCUUUCUCUUCGCCAUUGCCGCACAACUCGCAACAAGUCAAUUCCCAGGCUCCCUCGUCGCUGCUACGACAGGCUGGCUUGUAGGUGCCUGUGUCCACUCUUCAGCGACACUAGCACGAUUCAGAUUACCAUCCAUCCUGACGCGAUGGUUGGAACAGCCAGCUCGUACCACCACUGCACGACCCAACACCCAGACCAUCCAAGAAUUCCGACCGCGUGAACGGACGGGCGAGACGACACACACACAAGAAGCAGCUAUGCGGCCAAGUCGUGUUGCGGGAUCGAUGGGUGAAGCACUUGGCGCAUUUGCCGGUGCAGCAACGGGAACCAGUGGUGAUGAAGGAAGGGAAUUACGACCAGCGGCGCAGCAUGAUGUAGAGACAUUGAUGAGUAUGAUGGGGAUUUCACGAUUGGAAGCUGUGCAGGCUUUGGGACUUGCUGGGAAUUCACUGGAGCGUGCUGUUGAGAAUUUGCUUCAGGGGUGAGUCUUGUCAGGGCUUCCCCUUUGGCAUUGGUUUUGUGGCCAUUGCUAGGACUAGUGCGAGAUCGAGCAAGUCGCUGCAAUCAGUACAAAUGCUUUGAGCCCGAUCAGUCACGACACACUUUCACCAAAAGUCUGCAAUGACAUUGUCGCCAGUUCUAUGAGUCGACGUUCACGAUAGACUCGACAAGUCCACACUGACUCCACACUGAGUCGACAGUCUUCCAUUUCACUCGCAAUCGGAUAUCUACCAAUGCAUCAAAUAUCGGCAA